UGGUUCAACACGCUUAACAGUGGUUUUAUGAAUUACAAUGAAUGCUGCUAUUCUCUAAAAAUGAAUGUAUCAAAGAGGAAAUAACCUCCUUGGCAUGCUUGCAGCUAUACAACGUAUUUGUUUCACUGCUUUCAACCGCCUGUGCUGGAGGCUCCGAAUAAGUCAAUGGGAGGAGGAUUUCAGUCACGGCAGCAAGCAAGUCUAGUGAACAGAUAAGAUGACAUGCUCGGCAAAAUAACAACGAAACCAGAGAGUGUCUGAACUUCAAAGCACAAUUCCUGAGCACAUUUUGCAGAGCACCUUUGUUCACGUUAUCUCUUCUAACUGGUCUGGAUUACAGACAGAAUCAAUACCAGAGGAAAUGAAACAGAUUGUUGAGGAACAGGGAAAUAAACUGCACUGGGCAGCUCUUCUGAUACUCAUGGUGAUAAUACCCACAAUUGGUGGAAAUACUCUUGUUAUUCUGGCUGUUUCGCUGGAGAAAAAGCUGCAGUAUGCUACUAAUUACUUUCUAAUGUCCUUGGCGGUGGCUGAUCUGCUGGUUGGAUUGUUUGUGAUGCCAAUUGCCCUCUUGACAAUAAUGUUUGAGGCUACGUGGCCCCUCCCACUUGUUCUAUGUCCUGCCUGGUUAUUUCUUGACGUUCUCUUUUCAACCGCAUCCAUCAUGCAUCUCUGUGCCAUUUCAGUGGAUCGUUAUAUAGCCAUCAAAAAGCCAAUCCAGGCCAAUCAAUAUAACUCACGGGCUACAGCAUUCAUCAAGAUUACAGUGGUGUGGUUAAUUUCAAUAGGCAUUGCCAUUCCAGUCCCUAUUAAAGGGAUAGAGACUGAUGUGGACAACCCAAACAAUAUCACUUGUGUGCUGACAAAGGAACGUUUUGGCAAUUUCAUGCUCUUUGGCUCACUGGCUGCCUUCUUCACACCUCUUGCAAUUAUGAUUGUCACCUACUUUCUCACUAUCCACGCUUUACAGAAGAAGGCUUACUUGGUCAAAAACAAGCCACCUCAACGCCUAACAUGGUUGACUGUGUCUACAGUUUUCCAAAGGGAUGAAACACCUUGCUCGUCACCGGAAAAGGUGGCAAUGCUGGAUGGUUCUCGAAAGGACAAGGCUCUGCCCAACUCAGGUGAUGAAACAGUUACGCGAAGAACAUCCACAAUUGGAAAAAAGUCAGUGCAGACCAUUUCCAAUGAACAGAGAGCCUCAAAGGUCCUAGGGAUUGUGUUUUUCCUCUUUUUGCUUAUGUGGUGUCCCUUCUUUAUUACAAAUAUAACUUUAGUUUUAUGUGAUUCCUGUAACCAAACUACUCUCCAAAUGCUCCUGGAGAUAUUUGUGUGGAUAGGCUAUGUUUCCUCAGGAGUGAAUCCUUUGGUCUACACCCUCUUCAAUAAGACAUUUCGGGAUGCGUUUGGCCGAUAUAUCACCUGCAAUUACCGGGCCACAAAGUCAGUAAAAACUCUUAGCAAACGCUCCAGUAAGAUCUACUUCCGGAAUCCAAUGGCAGAGAACUCUAAGUUUUUCAAGAAACAUGGUAUUCGAAAUGGGAUUAAUCCUGCCAUGUACCAGAGUCCAAUGAGGCUCCGAAGUUCAACCAUUCAGUCUUCAUCAAUCAUUCUACUAGAUACACUUCUCCUCACUGAAAAUGAAGGUGACAAAACUGAAGAGCAAGUUAGUUAUGUAUAGCAGAACUGGCAGUUGUCAUCAAACAUAAUCAUGAGUAAGAUGAUGAGUGAGAUGUAAAUGUGCCAAGAAUAUAUUAUAUAAAGAAUUUUAUGUCAUAUAUCAAAUCAUCUCUUUAACCUAAAAGUUAAGUAUUAAGAAUAUCUAAUUUUCCUAAUUUGGACAAGAUCAUUCCAGGAAGAAAAUAAUUUUGUAUAGCUACAAAUGAAAACAAUCCAGCACUCUGGUUAAAUAUUAAGGUAUUCAAAUGAAAUAAAGUCAAAUCAAUAAAUUUCAGGCUCUUAAAAAGAACCACUGUCAUCAUAAAAUUUAUUCGGUUCCUAAUUAUAUGCAAAGUUGUGCUAAGAAUGAAAUAAAACAAAACAAACAUUAGCCUUGCCUUCCAGGGCUUAAAAGCGUAAGGCAUGAUACAGAACAAAAGGAACACAGAGCUAAAAAUAAGUGCACAAAACAGUGAUCACAUCUGGAGGUGAGUUAAGAUUGCCAUUUAUAGUCUGAUUUGGUUGAAUGCAGUCAUAAUUUUCCUAUAAUCAGGAAACUGUUUUGAUGGAAGGGAUAGGAAGGAUAGUAGCUGGAUAUCACACAAAAUAACAGGAACUUGGAACUAGACCUGUUUGUUAAAUGACUGAUAUUGGGCAUCUACUCAGCACUAGGUGGGUCUACUGGAGAAGGAGGAAAAAGCAAAUAAAAUCGCUCUUGGGUACUUGAACCAUAUUAGGUUUCGUAGAGAUAUUAAUUAACAUGCACAAGCAUGGGACCUUAAUCAGGGAUACAAACUUGAAGUCAGAUCAUGCUUGCCUAUCUAUGCUUGUCCAGUGACUCAAGUGAACUUCCAGCACAAAAUUUUUUAUUCAUCCUUUCAGUAUAUUAUUUUGCACUGUUAGAUCUCAGAGUGAGUCCAACCUGUGCCACUUACUAGACAGCUUGAUUAAAUUUAGGAAAAAUACUUAAUUUCUUCAAGCCCCAGUAUUCUCAUCUACAUUUUAUACAAUUCUUAUGAGGAUGAGUACAUAGAAGGCAGUCAGUAAAUGGUAGACAAUUCAAUCUACUUUUGAUAUAUAUUUUAAUGCUCCUGUUAUAAGUGCAAAUUUAGGCUAAGGCGGUCUGCAGUGAAGACAACUCAUACCUUAGCUUUUCCUUUUCAGGUUUACCCAUAUUUGUCCCUCAGCCUAUGACUCUA